CAGGAAUCUACACAGGAGGAAUCACAGGCCGCAGAAGAACAACCUUUGGUAACUACGCAGGUUGUGGCGGACCGACCGCAACAAACACCUGAGGACCCGCCACCCCCGUUGGGUGCACCAGCAGCGCCGCCCCAGGAACAACAAUCGGGGGCAAGUGUUGUUUCCUCGGCGCCAGGCGGGCCGAUGACGCCACAGUUCGGUGCAGCUGGGACAUCAAGUGCAAGACAAGUAGGAGAACUCAAUGCAGAACCUCCUGAAGAGGAGCAACCUCCGCCUCCUUUUGAGGCCCUAGAAAACCGAGCGGCUCCUGGAUUAGGGGAAGAUGAGGUUGGGGCGUCGAGGUCCACCUCCACCACCCCCUACGACUUAGAGAGAGAGGAACGACGACAGCAGGA